AUGAUCUUCUACUCUGGUAGCAAUGACGACUGUUCUGGGCACAAGAUGGUCGGAGUCAUCAACCCGGCCAAGGGAAAGAACUUACGAUUGUGGGAUGACAGUACCUGGAACUUUACGGUGCAAGAUCAGGAAGACUCAAGGGACGAUGCAUCGCCAGGGACUCUCUACAGCCGCUCCUGUGGUGAUGGCGACUUUAUCCUCGGGGCUGGACAAGUCGUAGGAAUCGCCCUGGGAGGCGCCGCAGCUAUUCUCAUCGCGGGAUUACUGGGCUUCUUCUGUCAUCGGCACUCGCAGGCUAUCACGGGCUACAGCACCCCGAGGUUCCCCGUCGGAGACUGGGAUUCGAAGAGGAUGGAGCAACUCAUUGAGGAGGCAGAAGAAGCCCAAUGUCCCAAGGCAAUCCCACGAUACUCGCCAACUUCCUUCUAUCCCAACUCAACCCCCUGCAAGUGCCCUGGUGGCGAGGAAUAUGAGUCGCCGGGUGGCCAGUCACACGAUACACGAAGAUACGAGAAUGUGAGUCGCUCUAGCAUGUAUGAGCCACUGGCCGUUUGA